AUGGCUACGAAGGUGGAUGAAGUGGCGGCACGGUGGGAACAGCAGCAGCGGGAGAUAGCGGCCAUGUUGGACCAGCUGAAGCCGCCGGACGACUGGAAGCUGCUGCCGGCUGACCCCAACUACAAGUACCCACUGGUGCGCUACUACCGCUACCGUGGCACCGUGCUCAGCAACUUCCCCCUGCUCUGGGGCUUCCUGGAAAGCUGGAAACGUUUCCAGGCGCGUCCCAAGGACGUCAUCGUAGCCAGCUUUCCCAAGUCGGGCACCACCUGGCUACAGGAGUUGGUUUGGCGGGUCGUGCACGGCGAGACAAGCGUUAACAGCGGCGGCGGCGCCACACUCGAGUAUCGCUUCCCCCUUCUGGACGAACCCUAUGCAGACAUCAUGAAGAUGACACCCAUCCACGACAUGGAGGAUCCGCGCCUCAUAAAGACGCACCUGCCUUACGACCUACUGCCCCCCAGCGUGCACACCGGCAACGCCAAGGUGCUGUACGUCUCGCGUGACCCCCGCGACGUCUGCGUCUCCUACUACCACUUCUUCCGCAUGAUUAACUACGCGGAGUACCGCGGUACCUUCCAGGAGUUCCGCGACAGCUUCGUGCGUGGUGAGGUGAUGUACGCGCCUUACCGUGAGCACGUGCAGGGCUACCUGCGUCACGCCGACACCGUGCUGUGCGUGACGUACGAGCAGCUGCACGCUGACCGCGCGGCCGUCGUCCGUCGAGUGGCCGCCUUCCUGGAGCGGCCCGUGACCGACGCCGAGGCCGAGAGUAUCGCGCGUCACACCAGCUUCGAAGCCAUGAAGGAGAACCCCGGCACCAACUACCGCCACUGGGAGAAGACCGGCAUGGUAAACGUGGGCUCGGAGGGCACCUUCAUGCGCAAGGGCCAGGUGGGCGACUGGAAGAACUACUUCACUGAGGAGGAGGGUGCGGCUUUCCUGAAAUGGGCGAAACAGCCGGUCUGA